AUUUGCUACGCACACACGCUCCUACCUGCCCCUUUCUCAGUUCUUCCCGGUGGUAUGAACUUUGGAUGCAGCAGUGAAGUGUCAAACUGUUGCGUGUCACAUCUGCCAGAGAAUUCCUGAGUGAUUAUUGACGGUGACUGAAGGUGGACACACCUCUCUACCUAUCAGUCUCACAGUCCCUGGCUGUCUGUCUCUCUACAGGACAAUGUUAUAGCCUUCCUCAGACUAAAAGAGGCACAGCUCUUUCGCCCAGGAGACCUCCAAGACACAUCCACUAGAGUCGAUGUCAAGUGCUGAUCACCAUAUGCUGGCUAGGUAGGAAGGCACAAUGCGAGCCCUUCUAUAAUGGACCUAACUUAAACCCCAAGGCCUUUGAAGGACUACUGAACAUAGCAGCGCUAUCCAAGGCACUUGAGGAAUUAUCCGGCCAGAGAACCAGCAGCAGCAGAACAUUUCGAGAAAGAGACAGUGGUUUCAGAGACAGCUGGUAUAGUGGGAGAGAGGAUAUAUUACCUAUACUGAGAGGAGGAGGAUACAGGGUUCUAGACCACACAGCAGAUCCCUGACAACACGCCCAAAGCAGCAGUGAGGGUUCUGGGAGUGACGCGGAGACGGACUCAGUCUUCAGGAUGGCGGCCGACAGUAACAAGGAUUCACUGCACUACCGCCGCUCGCUGGUCAUCGAGCCUAAAACGACCACGCAGUUCAACCAGUUCCUGCCCACCAAGGACAAGCCAGCGGCCUAUGUGCCAGCGCCGCUCCGCAAGAAGCGGGCCGAGCGCCACGAGGACAACCGCCGGAGCUGGGCCAGCCCCAUGUACACGGAGGAAGAUGGCACCUUCACAAGACUGCUCCAAAAGCGCGCAGUUGCUAACGACGGGAGCAAAUCAAUGACAGACCUUGCAGUGGAACAGGCAGCCCUGAAGCAAGUAUGCUACGAGGAACUACAGAAGAUCAGAGAGGAGGUCAAGGAGAACGACGACCAGUGGCAGGAUGACCUCACCAAGUGGAAGAACCGUCGCAAGAGCGUCAACUCUGAUAUUGUGAAGAAGAAAGAGGAGAGGGAGCAGAUUGAGCAGACCACAGAGAGCAGCGAAGGAGGGAGCGGUGGUUUCCUGAGGUCCAACCGGAGCUCCAUCGGCAGUCGUCUCAACUCCCUCGCCUUCCUGGACCAGGACGUGUUUGAAGACUCCGCUCCGGUCCUCCAAACCCGUACCCUCCCCCCCAGGAGCUACACCAUCGACUAUCCCUACACCCCCGUUGACCGCCCCAGUCCCACACCCCCCUCCGUGCCCGACCUGAGAGAGGAGGACCCCGCCCCCACUGCCACCACGGCAACCAACAGGGCCUACUCACCCUCCAGGGGUGACAUGAGCAACAGUAGUGACCGUCCCUCCGGUUCAGGUAGCGACAUCACAAACAACACUACCACCAUCGGUCGUACCUCCAACUACAACCGCUAUGUUCCAGCCCCCUCGGAGAGAGCCCCGACCCCCUCGGAGAGAGCCCCGACCCCCUCAGAGAGAGCCCCGACCCCCUCGGAGAGAGCCCCGACCCCCUCGGAGAGAGCCCCGACCCCCUCGGAGAGAGCCCCGACCCCCUCGGAGAGAGCCCCGACCCCCUCGGAGAGAGCCCCAAGCCCGGCCUUGAGGUACACCAGCGCAGCCAAGAUGGAGGAGACCUCCAGCACCACCACCGUCACCACCCCCAGCUUCCUCACAAAACUACCCGAGCCCAGGCGCCCGUGGGCGGGCAAGGUGGCUGAAGAAGUGACCACUUCCACUGCUGGUGGUUCUCUGUACAAACUACAACCACUGUACAACUCGGUGGCGAUGGAGCCAAAGCCUAUGCCUCCUAGUGUGUCUCGGGUUUCUGCCUCUCUCCCCAGGAGCUACAUGAAAUCGGAUAGUGCUCGCCUCACCUCCGUCGUCACGCCACGGCCUUUCGGGAGCCAGUCCACCUGCGUCGCAUCGCUGCCCCGCACCUACACCAAAAGUGUGAACAGCGAGAUGGAUGUCACCAAGAAGUCGUUGGCCCCCAGCCGCUAUAGCCAGGUCAUGAGCUCCGAGGACGAGGCACGUUCCCACUCCAACUCUGCCAACAGCAGUGGAGGAGAGGAAGAGGAGGAGGAAGAAGAAGAAAAGAGAGAGAGGGUAAGGGGAGUGAACCCCACACUGGUCCCUACCCUGGCCCCCUCGCCUGUCCCUCCUCAGGCCAGGAGUCCUUUCACUGCACUCCAGCCCCCGAAAGUGGCCUCCUCAGCCCCAGUCAGUCCUGUACCUGCAAAGGACACAAACCAGGAGAGCUACGCUGACAUGCGGAUCAGUCUGAACCAGAAGCCCAACAGCAGUCGAGACUUUGGCUUCCAGACAGAGUGGGACUCCACUGGAGCUCACGUCACCUCUAUCCAACCAGGCAGCCCAGCGGAGCUGUGCCAACUGCAGGUGGGAGACGAGGUGCUGGCGGUUAGCGGGCACAGGGUGGCAGAGAUGAGCUACCGCGAGUGGAAGAGCAGCACAGAGCAGGCCCUGCAGCAGGGCAGCCUCUCCAUGGACAUACGUCGCCACGGCAGGAACAACUGGGACAGAGACCUACCUUCCCUGCCGUGUAAAAGCCAUAAGACCAUCAAUCUGACCAGUAUGAAUCGUCAUCCAACACUUCUAGGUUCCCCCAACACAGCCACUGUUAACUCAACCACCAGCUUGGCUUUCACAUCUCAGGGAUCCAUAGAAACCACCAAGGAAAUCGCCAUCCAACAAAUCAUUGAUGUGGCAUCCAUUGGAUUGAAUGGAGGUUCCCGUGACAAGACGGUGACCAUGAGAAACAAAGAGUCUGUAGAACCCAUAUCUUUGAAAAACUUAAAACGGAGGUCAGAGUUUUUUGAACAAGGAGGAUCAGAUUCUGCGAUACCAGAUAUGCCCGUUCCCUCCAUCGCUCCCUCCUCUAACCACUGGUCCUGGGACCUGGAGGAGGAGCGCCGGAGGCAGGAGAAAUGGCAGAAAGAGCAGGAGAGACUUCUACAGGAAAAAUACAGUCGUGACCAGGAGAAACUGGAUGAGGAGUGGCGUCGGGCCCAGCAGGAUGCUGUGACUGACGGGGGCAGACACCACCAAGAAGAGCCAAGCAGCAAGAGUAUCAGCCUACUCUGCCCUCUCCGCCAGCCCAUCCCUCCCUGGGAGGACCAGGAGGAAGAGAGGAGGAGGAGGAGGGAAGAGGAGGAGGCACAGCGAAGACAGGAGGAGGAGAAGAGGAGAAUGGAGGAAGAGCAGCGAUGCCAGGAGGAGAGGAUGAGAACGGAGGAGCGAGAUCUACUGCAUCUUCAGAAGGAGAGGAAGAGGGAGAAGCAAAAGGAGGAGGAGAGGAGACAGAGGAAAGAGGAGGAGCUGAGAUGGCAAAGGAGGAAGGAGGAAGAGAGGGAGGAGGAGAGGAGGCACCAAGAGGCUGCUAAUCAACAACACAUGGAGAAUGCCAGAAUGCAGGAACAGCAGCAAUGGGUGAGGGACUCCCGUGGCUAUGCCAAGGUCCAGCCUGAGAUAUCAAUGGCAGACAGGGCAAAGUCCAAAUCUGCUCCAGAGCUAGACGACGUGGAGAAACCAGAGACUAAAAGCUGGUACAGCCGCUCGGGGGGCAUGGCCCAGAAGUUACUGGAGGAGGAGUUGAGACGUAAAGCAGACAAAAAGGCCCAGAGUCUCCAGGCCGUGUCCGAGCUGGAGUUGGAGAGGAGAAACAUCCUGAAUGCCAUGCGAUACAGAGAACCAGAAAGAGUGACUAGCAGCGGUGGGCUGGACGAGGCAUCGUGGAGGAAUGGCCAGCAGAGCCUGUCCCAGGCAGAGUUAGAGAGGCAGCAGAUCCUGCAGGAGAUGAAGAAGAAGACCCAACUGACCACAGACAAAAGCUGGAUCCGCCAGCACACUACCACCAGCAAGGACCCCACUGCCAGCCUCAUCAGCAGAGGUGAGUCUCUGGACAACCUGGACACUGCGCACAGCUCUUCUUGGCACUCAUCGUGGUCAACCUCGUCCAUCCCCAACUACAGCAGGCCUUACUCAGCGCUUUCCGGCCUCAACACCACAUCCUUCUACGGUGAUGGUGGCUACGGCGGUGGUGGCUACAGCGGCAGCGGGGUCGGUGGUCGUCCCGGCUCAGCCACCCUGCCCUCCUCCCUCUCCAUGAGCUCCCUCAGAGGGGCCGGGGGGAGCAACCCGUCUUCCUGGUCCCAAUGCUCGCCAUCGCCAUCUCCCUCCCCCACUCCUUCUCCUGGCCUCGAACCCGAGUCACGCCAAUCCUCGCAGCAACGCAGCAGGUCAGUGAGUGGCAAGAAAAUCUGUACGUUCUGUGACACAGCGCUGGGCAAGGGAGCCGCCAUGAUCAUCGAGUCCCUGGGACUCUGUUAUCAUUUGACCUGUUUCAAGUGCAUUGACUGUAAGUCCGACCUGGGAGGAUCGGAGGCCGGAGCUGAGGUCAGAAUACGGAACCGACAGCUCUACUGUAACUCCUGCUACAUGCGAUUCAAAACUGGACAGCCAACCUCCAUGUGACAUCGCUGUACUACAGCAGAUUGAGGAAGAGACCAUUCUUGACAACAACCCAUGAACACUGCAAUCACGACAACAAGCCGUAACACUUUCCUAGAUGACAACUUUAGAUGUAUUCAAUGUGUAUUAUGAUUCUGCAAAAAGCCCUUUUUCUUCAAUGAACUACUAUCUUAUUAUUUCUUAUUACUGUAUCCAUGAGAGGGUGAGAUUGAAAAAAAAGUUAACAUGUUUUUUUUCAAAGUAUUAUUAUUAUUACCGAUUGCUUGUACACAUUUUGAGGGAUGUGCAUGCACCUGCAGGUUUGAGAGUUUUACCUGGAAAUAGGGUUGGAAAAUUCUGAAAACUAUCCAAAAGUUCCCAGGUUUUUCAGAAAUCCCAGAUGGAGGGUUUGGGGAAUUUUACAACCCUAGCUGGAAACAAUACUGGAAAUUGAUGUUGGUGUUGUCCAUAAGGUUAUUGAUCCUGAUUACUUCAUAUUUCAGAAACGUAAGAGUUUCGUGCUAGGCUGAGGGAAGCCUGCAUUUUCUUCUCCUUUGGGGUUCCAUUUCACCUGUGCCUUUUUUGUUUGUGAUGGUGGGAAGAUUAUUUAGAUUAAAUGGAUUCAAAAGAUAUAAAAAAACUGGCAUGGUUGGUUAGAGAGAGUGAGCAAUUAAUGGGGAGUUGUUGUUCUUUCUCAUUAAUAGAGUGAAUCUUAUACAUUUGAGAUGUUAAGAUAAUUUUUGCCAGAGAAAAAAUAUAUAAUAUAUGGGAUUGAGGCAAAUGUUGUUCAAUAACAUUUGUAAAUAAAAAUUGUGAUCCAGA